CAGGCAGAAGGAGCGCUGUAGUUUGCUUUGGAGCGUAUCUGGCUAACCUAUUAGUUUUAACUAUUUUUAGAUAUGGAUAAUAACAAGCCCAGGAGCAGCACCCAGACUUCACCUUCCCUGAAGUUGUCUAAUGGUUACAUUCUGCCUGAAGGCAAACUGACUCCCAAUGCCCUCUUUGUCGGUGGGAUUGACAUGAAGGUGGAUGAAAAUGAAAUGCGGGAAUUCUUUGCGAGAUAUGGUGCUGUCAAGGAAGUAAAAAUCAUCACAUACCGUGGAGGGAUCUGCAAAGGGUACGGGUUUGUGUAUUUCAGUGAAGAUGUCAACAUUCAGUCAAUCAUUGAGCAACAGAUCAGUUUUAAAGGCCGAAAACUCAAGCUGGGACCUGCCAUCAUGAAGGAAAGGAGCGCUCGGUCCAUGCAUUCCCGUCUGGUUGGCCCGGCUCCCUGGAUGAACCCCACUCAGUACUUCUACUGCGCCUGCUGCUCGCCCAUGGGAGGGGGUAUGGCACAACCUUCGCCAAUCCUCAGUGGAGGCAGCCCGUACAGUCAGCCAUACUCCUACUCCAACUUUGGAGGGGUCAUAAUCCCACAGAUGCCAAUGAACUACGCACAGAAUGCCUACGCCUACCAGUACGCUCCACCUCACUGGAUGGCGGACCAGAGGAAUCAGCCUGUCAAUCAGAACUUUGUGGACUGUGGCGUCCAGACUAUGAUGACUGUGAUGUAGUCCACAGUCUUACUGAGCCCCCUGCCAGAUAAACGCCACAGUGGCUGCAGUGAGUCAAAAUGCAGACAGGAUGACAUCUUGAUGUUCCGGACGGCUGGAAGCAACCCAACGCCUCACACUGUUUCCUGAAUGCCCUCCUCUCUCCUCCCCUUCCCUCAGAUUCUUUUGAGACCCAUUUUAACACCAGACUGCAGGAGCUCUCCACUUCCACUGUUCUAGUUUGAUCACAAUCACUUUGACCACGACUGGUCAGGACCACUGUCGUGUAGUCAAAUCGUUUUUAACCCACAUGGAUCACAGUGACAGACGCACAGAAGGCGCAGAGCACCCUCACCUUACCAGCUGAUAACAUGGGCUCACAUUCCUCUUCUUUUGUUUGCCUUUAUUAGUUAUCCCAAAGAAAAAAUGGAAGACUUUUAAGCUCACCUUUUGUGCCUAUUUAUAUUUUAUGUUUAUUUAUUUUUGGAAUUAUUUUAAAUGUUUGUU